GUGACUAAACAUGCUCUUAAUAAUAAUAUUAAUCUAGGCCUACCCUAGAGUAGAUAACAAACACGAAUCUUACUAUAACUAUAAGGUUAAAUCCACCGGAACAACAUACAAUUACUUAGAGUCCAGAGUAGAGGAUCGUAUAGAACCUGAUCUGGAAAUCUACCAUAAAUUUUAAAAGAUGUCUAAAUUACCUCGACAACCCGUAGACUAUGUGUUGUAUAUUAGUUGUCUAACAGUGGUCUACUAUAUAAUAUAUGGAAUAAUGAGGUUGACCCCAGAGGAUUGGAAUGAGAGGAAAUCAAAUCUGAAGAAUAUAAACUGGAUGGAAAACAAAGAGAUGUGGAGAAUUCAUGAAAAAUAUAAUAGUCCUGGUAUAACGUCAGAUAUUACCAUAGUAACGGCCUACUUUGAUAUCGGUACCUUUCAAAAGGAUGGUCGUGGAACAUAUACACCGAAUAAAUUCAAAAAGUGGAUGGAAAGCAUCAAACGAAUUGAAAAUCCGCUAAUAGUGUUCACAGAUUCACAAGAAAUUGUUGAAAAGGUAAAAGAACUCCGACAAGGUUUUUGUGAAAAUGAAACACAGAUCUAUCUAGUGUCCAGGAAUGAUUUGUGGGCAUUUAAAAUAGCCCCUGAAAUUAAAGACGUUAUGUCGCAAGAAAAUUAUCCAAAACAUUAUCCAAAUACAGUCAAUGAGAAUUACAGUUCAUGUAUGCAUGUUAAAUUUGAACUAAUCGCCAAAGUUAUUGAGGAGAAUUUAGCUGAUACCAAAUUCGUAAGUUGGAUGGAUAUUGGAUUAUAUCGUUUUGUGGCAUGGGAAAAGAAUAAAUUUAAGUUAACUUUACCUCCUGAUUUUGAUUCAACAAAGAUUGCCUAUAAUGAAAUCAAAGCCCAUUAUUCUUCGUCUACUAUUGAGGAUAUUAUAACAGAUAAUUUAGUGUGGGUUGGAGGGGGACUGUUUGUUGGUAAAACGGAUCUUAUGUACGUCCAUUGUAUAGAUUAUAUGAAGAGCGUCACAAAAAUGUUAGAGUUAAAAUGGAUUAGUACAGAUCAACAAGUUCUCUAUAGUAUGUAUUUACCAAACUUUCCUCUCAGACCUCGUGUGGAGAUUCAGGUUUAUACGACCCACUCAAUGGAUGACUGGUAUCACCUGGCAAACGUCCUCAAAGAUACCCACGAGAUCAAAACAAGACAAGUCAAAACAGUGUCUUUUUAUUUUUUACAGUAUUUAUAGAAAUAUAGACAUCCAAAGUCUUUGUGUGGCAACAGGUGGAACUUAACCCAUUAGCAUUUAAUACAACAGCAGCUAGUGCUCCUUACCAACUAAGAGGCCAAAACCGUCGAAGUCAUAUGAAUUGCCAUUCAAAUAGGACUACUCACGUAUUUGGACGAAAAAUUUGAUUAACGAUUACAAUAAAAGUUUAAAAAAAAGAAUAGAGAGAUGAAUAGAGAACAAGGUAAAAACAAACGCGAUUUUUUGUACAAUCAGGGGCAAUAAUUCUCAAAUGUUAUAGCCUGAAAUGUUCAAAUAUCAAAAGGGACUGAGAUCUUUGGAAUAUAAAGAUAUCGGAUAAUAAUUGUGACCUCUAGAGGGACCACGGGCUAAAAACGCGAUUUUUCGUACAAUCAGGGGCCAUUAUUCAGGAAGUUAAGAUUCAAUAUAUACAAAAAUCGACAGGAACCAAGAUAUUUGGGUUAUAAACAUGCAUUUCAAGUUUUAUCAAAAUCAGAUGAAAAUUGUGACCUCAACCAUCCUUAGGGUGUAACCGUGAUAUAUUCAAACAUUUUUUUUAAAUCGGAUAAAAAUUGUGACCCGAGUGUAGUAGUAUCAAAUUAGAUGGGUAUGAAAACUAAUCUUUAGCGCUGGUUUGUGUAGUUUAUUUCAUUUUAUUUAUUUUUUUCUAUGCACGCUGUUUACGAUAGACUCUGAAGUAGAAGCCUCAUGCAUUCAGUGACUAGACUAUCUGUGAGAUCAAAAAUUGUUACCCCUACUGCUAGUUGAUAAACAAAAAAAAACAGCUAGCAAAAAACAAUUAUUGUUUGAAACAUUCCAAAUAUUAUUAUAUACUCUUCAAAAAAGUAGGGGAUAUUCAGAAACAAUACAAAACUGCGGAAAUGCACUGCUGUUUUUAUUAGAGGUAACCAGUGUAUGUUAAUAACAGGCCAAUUGCCUACACAUGAACAUAAACAGUUCAUAUGGGCGGCUUAUCUGACGGCCCUAUUUAACUCGCAAAGAGAUACACCGUCAAAAGUGAAAAUGGACGUUUUUGCUUUUUGUCUUAAUAAUGAGUAAUUGCUCCACCAAUCCUCAACCAUUCAGCAAUUCUUCGUGGCAUGCUCCUAAUCAACAGUCCAAUCACGAUUUGGGGCAAUCUGACCCACUCCUCUUUCAAUGCUACGGCCAAUUCUUACAGUGUUGUCGGUUGACAUAGACGUCGACGAACAGGUCUCCCGAUCAAAUUAAACGUAACACACUAAAGCAAAGAUACGCUAAACAGUAAAUCUUAUGCAUAAACCGAUAUAUAGGAAAGCAAACAUGGAUAGAUAAACCAGCACACAGCAGUUUUUAUCACCCCUUCCUUGAAGUGUUAAAUUUGACAAUAAACCCCUCCCCCAUGUAUGGCACUAUUGCGUGUCGCAUGUGCAGCUCAGUGGUUCUGUUGGGGCGAUAAGUUCUUCAUCUGUGAACAUGUUUCGUAGGAUGAAACUUUAAAAGCCUUGUUGUUGUUUUACUAUUUUAUAUCUAUUUUCAGUUUUCAGCUACUGGUAUAACAAAUCAGUUGCAUUAGGAACAAAUUUUACUUUCUUACAAUUUCA